GGCUGAAACCCUGCAUCUCGUGCAUGAACGUGGUGAACUUCAUCCACAAGACUGGCUACGCCGACGGCCAGUACACCGUCGGACUGGACUGCGUAGAUAAAUCGAAGCACAAGCAGCUGGGCGACGACACGUUCUGGAGAAUGCACGAGAUCUUGGUAUCGCAGGUCGGGCAGAUAUCGAUGUCGAAGGUGGAGGCGCUCGAAACGAAGCUGGGCAUUAGUUAUAAUGAACAUGGGAUGCUGUGCGUUCCUCGUUUGAGAAGCGUGCUGCGCCCCGUGAGUAAUUACAUCAGGGAUUGGCAGCACACCCUGGUAUCGCAUGGCGUUGCGGGGCUUCAGAUUGCGGCGCUCACAUCGUGGUUGAAGAGGUUGAAUAUCGAUAUGUAUGAGAUUGCCGCCUACGCGCGCUUGUACAUCCACCCCAAGUUGACCGCGUCACCUCCCAAGCCAGAGUGGUUCACGGAGAACUUCAUAGCGACCGACCACGUGAAGCUGUUUGCGAGCGACGUUCUCGGACUUUGUCCAUUGUUGCUGGCAUUUCUUCGGGGCAGGUGCUCUGGCCGCGUGCCCGCGGACCACGUUCGAUGUUUCGAGCUGUUAACGUUCAUGUUGGGGCUCCUAUCAGGAGAGGACGAUAUGACGGGCGCAUUGCACGCCACGCUUUCGGGGGCCAUUGCAGAGCACGCGGGGCGGUUCCAGUUCGACGAGCAGUAUAUCUCGACGUCGAAGCGCCGUAAACUCGAUAUCGCAGGCAUCCAGAUGGAUACGUCUACAGCGGCUGCGUUGAAGUGUGGUGGCGUGAAGAGGGACGACUACGUGCUCAUCCGCACUGGCGGUGCACUUCGUUUAGGUAGAGUUGUGUUGUUCUAUGCGAUGGGCGAUUUCAUCGCAGUCCACGUGCGGGAGGCUGCCGCUGUGGACCCUGGGACUUGGACCAUCUGGGAUGAAUCGGCGACGCCAGACGUGUUCUUGGACCCGACGUCGAUUGUCAAGCCCGUUGUAUACAUGCGCAUUCCACCAUCGACCGUGAAGAUCAUCGUGCCUUACUAUCAUGGCAGGGGCGCGUAG